GCGAGCGCGAGCGCGAACGCGAACGCGAGCGCGAGCGCCAGGCUCGCGCGCACCAGAUGUCGCACGCGCACGCCGCCGAGCCGGACGCCGCGUCGCUCUUCCCGGCACCUGUUAGAGUCGUGGGCAACCGGGACCGCGUGAGCCAGCAGAUCCAGAUCAAACUAGGCGACUAUCAGAUCGCACAGACGCUGCUCGACGACCCCAGCAAGUCCAUCGGUAUCUGUGCUGAGCCCCCCAGCCCCGCGCCAUGUCACCCGUCCCGGCGGGAGAGCGAGUUCAAGAAGCCAGCCCACGCUCCCCAGAACGGACGAGUACACCAUCGACAGUCCUACCCCUACAACAAGAGUGAAAGCCUGAGUUCCACGGGCGCGCCCGCUCACCGCCCACCCCCGCUGCGGAUAUCCAAUGGCUUCCAACCACCGAGUUCAAGUAUCGAUAGCAGUCAAUUGCCAAUAGAAAGUAUUUUAAAGGAAAUGAAGUCACUGCCUACCCCAUUGUCUGUGAUAGCGGCCACGCCGAGGAAAGAGCUCGAUAACAAGUUCAUCUUCAACCCCUAUACUAAUAAGGUGCAAGAGAAUCCUCAGCUCGCGAACAACGAUCUCAAAACACCUGUAACUAAACCUGGUCUCGAUAAUCGGAUAUCCAACUCGAGAAGUUCUGUGUCGCCUCAGCAUGUAAACGCGCGUGGCUGUAGCGAGGUGGUGAACAAGGACCUCGGGCUGUCGGAGAGCGAUGACGAGGUCGCCGUCACCACCGCGAGGCUCGGACCUAUCAUAUCCCCAAUCGGCUCUGGCGGCAGUCCCAGUAGUGGUAGCGAAUCCUCCCCGUCCGAUUCGGAGUCAGAGUCGUCCUCUAGUGAGUCAACAGCGGCGAGCACGGCCGCUCCCGCCGCGCAGCCCGCAGCAGAGCGCCCCUCCUGGAGCCUCAGCAACUUCGCGCCCCCCUCACAGCACCCGCCGCAGCACUACGACGCCGGCAAGGACCUCCGGCACGCCCUCGAAGAUGUCAAAGGCAAACCGAGUCCAAUUUCGGAGUUGUCGGACUCUGAGACGUCGUCGCCUUCGCCCGGCGCGUCGCGACGCCGGCGCUCGCUCGCCAACAGAGUGUCCGCCGCCUCCAGCGACGAGGACACCCCGCGCUCCCACAAUAUCGCUUCUCCCCUGAACUCGGCGCCCACGAACGCCCCGGUGAAGCGAGGCCGGCCGCCUAAACCUCGCACGUCCGAGGAGAGGCCCAUCAAGAAGAAGCGCGGCCGACCUCCCAAACGGCAAGCCUCCCCCGCAGCACGAGACAGCGACCCCGAACCUGACCCGCCCCCGCACCACGCACUGCACGACCCCAAGACACAGAUCUUCCGAAAGGUAUUCACAACGAAAAAGGGCGAUGAAUGCGGAGGAAAGGGAGGCAAAGGCGGCAAAGGGAAGGGCGGCAAGGGCAAGGGUCAGGUGACGAUCAUCGAAGUGACGGCGCCGGAGUCCGGGGCGGACGACGAUGAGCGCAGGCACCGCGAGCGAUCCAACGAGAGGAGGAACGAGGAGGCCAUCGCCAGGGUUUCACCGCCGCAGGAACCCGAGACCUUGACCAGGAGGAGGGAGGCGGAGAGAAUAGCAAACGAGAGAAUACAGGAGCGCAUGUCCAUCGAGCGGCCCGACCACAGGCGUUCCGCCGACAGACUUCCCGAUCGACCGACAGAUAGGACGUCGAACGAUCGAAUACCCAACGAUCGGCUCCAACCGGAGCGGACGUCGACCGAUAGGUUUCAAAACGAUCGAUCCAGUGAUCGAUUACAACCGGACCGAAUAUCGGAUCGAUUACCCGAUCGAACCGUCAGCGAUCGCUUCCCGACCGAUCGAGGACCUUCAGAUCGAAUUUCAAACGAUAGAAGUUCGGACAGAAUGGCCACCGAUCGGUUACAAAUGGAAAGGAUACCAACGGACAGGAUGCCGGGCGAUCGGAUAGCGUCGGACCGGUUGUCCUCCGACAGAAUGUCGAAUAACGAUCGGUUAUCGAACGACAGAUUGACGGUCGGUCGGACGCCCAACGAGCGUCGGUCAUCGGAACGAAUGUCGAACGAGAGACUAUCGAGCGAAAAGAUGUCGAUCGAUCGUCUCUCGGGCGACAAGCUGGAGCGAUUGUCGAGCGAGAAGCUGUCGCACGAGCGGUUGUCCGGCGACAAGUUACCCAUGGAGCGCCUGUCGGGCGACAAGACGUCGCUGGAGCGGCUGCCGAACGACAAGCUGACCUUGGAGCGCUUCGUGUACGCGGAGGCGGACGUCGGCUCCGGUCUGAAGCCGGGCCGCGGCUCCGAGAGGAUGGAGGAAGCAUCGUCCAACGUGAGCGAGCGGCGCGUGCGCGGGCGCGUGCUGGUGCGCGUGCCGCUGUGCCGGCUGCACGCGGACACAGUGCGGCUGCUGCGAGCCCCGCCCCGCCGCGCGCCCCCGCCCCGCCCCGCCACGCCCCCCACACCGCCCACUGACCAGGGUGUGGAGACGGCGUGCGUGUCGCAGGAGCGCGCGGCGGUGGGACAAACGCCCAUUUACUACUCGUACUUCGAGCGCCUGCCUGCUGACGCGCUCUCCGACGAGGAGCGGGACCACAAGUAUGUACUACUUAAGUGA